CACACACACAUACAGAGCCUGACAGACCGACAACUAAGAGACCAGACAGAACCACUUGUUUGUGGCUGGAACCACUGGUUCAUAUGAAUGGUCAGAGAAGUUCCUGUUCCAAGAUCUGACCAAGGACGGAUAGACCACAGAGCACCAGCAAUCAGAAAUACAUCCCAGAAUAAAAGAGGGUAUCUGUUGGUGAGAAGAGAUACUAUAGCAACCCUGCCUACCUACCUGGCAGACAUAAAGACACGCCCACGUUCAACAUGUCUGUGAACCGCAAGACCCUGUCUAUCAAAAGCUACAGCAGCAAGAAGAAGAAGUUGCCAGUGGACAAGGCCCAAGAGGUUCUAUUGAGGCUGGGCCUGCAGACCUUCUGGACCGCCCCUUUGGAUCUGUCAGACAUGUUGGACAUCAGCACCUGGAGCCUGGAGAACCAGCCCCCUCUAGAGGCCAAACACCUGCCCCGCACCUUCCUCCAGGGACUCUGGCUGCUCAACCAUCAAGCGCGUAGCCCAUAUUUCCUGGGUUGCUCUGAUGCCCCCACAGACACCCCAGAAGGAGAGACCCUCCAAGGGCUAAGCAAAGCUGAGAGCACCUCUGUCAACCCCCUGGAUCUGGUGAUGGCUGUCUACAUGUCAGCCAGCAGCUUACUGCAGCAGGAGAUGACUGUGCGGAUGGUGCAGUGCCACUUUGCAUUUCCCCUGGUUCUACCUGUCAUGGGCCCGGCUCGGUACCCAAAGCCUUGCUUCCUCCUCUGGCCCCUGAGGGCCGUGGUGGGGCAGUGGAAGUCCUACGUCUCCCUGGGGGAAAAGAAGCUCCAGGAGGGGGACCUGGCAAGCACAGAGAUGCCCCUGGUCUCCUGUAUCAAGCUGGGCCACUGCAGAGCCUCCAAGUCCCUGGUGCUGAGUCAUCUUGUGCGGGGGCCCCGGGGACAGAGCGAGGUGUUCCUCCACCGGGGAAUGGAGGGUGGCCUGCAGCCUAGGAGGCUGGCCAACGGGCUGGUGGAGCUGGACUGGGUCCUCCCAUCUGGAGACCCAUCACUGGAUGUCUUCCCCGAGCCUCUGGCGGUAGCCAACCUUCGUGGGGAUGCAGCCAUUCACGAGAUGCAGCUCACAUUUCUGUGUCGUGUCUCCUCCGCUGUGGUGGUGUUCUGUGGAAACCUCGGCUUGAAGGAGAGACAGCUGCUCGCUUCCUGGAAGGGUUUGGCCAGCCAGCUCAUCCUCAUCAACAUGGCGGACUCUGUGGAAGUUGAGGGGGACACGGUAGCUGACGUGGGAUUGGCUGGUGAGAAGGUGAUGGAGGGGCUAGGUCUACCUGAGGGGGCGGUGCUUUCAGGAUGGGGAGUCACUGAGUCGGAGCUUGCUGACAAGUUAAGAGAGGCCCUGAAUAACCUGUUGCGUGAUAGGCUAAAAUGCACAACCUUAGAAGCAGUGGGGCGUGUGGCAGAGGACCUGGGUAUGUGUGUGGAUGAGGGGGUGGUGUGUAGGAAGGCCUCGGCCCUGGCGGAAGAGGUCCUGAAAGGACUGGAGGAAGAGGGGUUAGCCCUGUAUAGACAGAAGCAGCUACCUUUGCAGGGCCCUCUCUGGAAGAAGCUAGCAGGGCUGGAGAAGGAGGAGAGCAGGCAGAAGGGGGCAGGAGAGGGGAUUAGUCAGCAGCUGCUGAUGGAGAAGCAGGAUCUUCGGAAUAAUCUGGGUAGCUAUAAAAUGACUGAAGCCAUGCGGGUUUUCACUGAUAGCCUGUCCACUGCUGAUCAGCUUGAGAGAGCCUACUUCUUGAGCUGGAUGAAACUGAGACUUGUGGCUAAGCAGAGGGGACAGCAUCCUAAUCUCCGCCACGUAAGCAAGCUAGAAAAUCGACCAAUCAGGAGGGAGGAGGGGCUUUACGAGGAAAUAAUGAUGGGAAUUAAUCAAGAGUUAUAUAAUGAUGAUGAUGAAGAUCAUUUGAAGACGUACUCAUCUGAGAAGAAGGUGAAACAGGAGGAGAAGAUGCAGAUUGAAGAAGGCCUCUCUAAUGGCCAGGUCGACAAGGGGGUGUCGGAGAAUGGAAGUGUAGAGGUCUCAGAGAAAAUGGACAACUCAGGGAACAGACAUGAAACUGAACUGAAUGAAAGACGCAAAAUGGAUUCCUCUGAGGAUGAGAAUAUGGACACGAUACCAGAAGCCUUUCCAUUCACCCUGGGCCUGGAGCAUUUCCUGAGAGAGAUGGGUCUGAUCUUUGAACUGACCCACAGUAGUCCAAGCAGUGGGACCCACAAUGUGUUGCGGCUCCCCAGCGUGGCAGCAGAUCUCCUCCUCCAAGGAGUGCCCUUGGAGAUCCUGGACGGAGAUGCCUCCAACGUGCCUUGCCAAUGGCUCAGCAGUGUUCUUGACGAGCUCAAUCGCCGCCUCUCUAAAGAUGGAGUACGCGUCCGAGCCUUGACCAGUCUUGGCGUCCAGGAACCCAGGAACGCAGAGGUUUUCUCUGCUGUUUUCGGAGUGAACUUUCCCCAACGACCUAAAGAGCUCCAGUGCCCCAGAGGUGUGUAUCUACUGGGCCUGCGUCUCCCUGACAACCUCAGAAAGGACAUGGAGUGUGACUUAUUAUUAAUGAUGGACGUGCAGGGACUGUGUGCUCCAGGAUUGGCUGAUGAUGGUGAAAGGCUGGUCCAUUACAAUGAGAUGGCCACAUUUGUGACAGGUUUGAGUGAUGUCAUCCUACUCAACCUGCCCCCUGACAAGGUCGAAGGAAAGAAUCCCAGCCUACUAGUAAUGGUGAAUGCCCUCCUCCUUAGCAAGCGCUCCGGCACCAUGCCUGUAUCCCAGGUCCUCACCCAGGGUGUGGGCACAGACACCAAGCAGCAGAGCCUGCAGCUGAGCCAGGUGAUCCAGAUCCUGGAGACGGAAGCCGAGGAGAACGGAACCUUGCCUGUGCCUGAGAAAAACGUAGAGAAGGAAAACAACAACGAUACUAAACACCAGAACAAAAAGAUGAACGGUCCUUCAGUCCUGCUGAUUGGGUCAUGGCAGAGCUCCUCCCUCACUGCCACUGUGGGUGCGGACUACAGCUCAUCUGUUCUCCAUCUUAAACAGAGUAUUUUCCAGGCCUUGGGGAGAUCUGCUAAAUCCAAAGCUUUGGGUUUGCCAGAAUUCAAGGCACACAUGUGCACAGUGUGGAAUGUGGUGAAGGCUGAGGACUUUGCCAUUCGGUUUCAGAACACUGAGGUGGCUGAGGCCUUCUGCCUGCUGUGUUCUGAGCUCUCCCUGUGGGAGGGGGUCUUGCAGGAACACAUGGAGGUCUGGUUCUCCGGGGCCCAACAGAGGAUCCUGGCCUGCAAGGCCUCUGCUCUGGAGCAGGGAGAGUUGGAUGACACACUGGGGGAACUGAAGGAGGAGGCCAGGUCAAAGGUCAAAUCCGAAGUGGACAAGAUCCGGACCAGAUUGGAGCAGUAUCUGAGGAAAGACGACCUUCACAGGGAUUAUAUCUACACAUACAGGGCCAACUUCACAAUGGACCCGUUACAGGAAAAGGUGACCAACGAGAUAAUCAUGAAGUUGGAGUCGGCACAAGAGAAUCACGACUCCACUACGCAGAUAAUGACCUUCCAGAACAUCAUGGAAGUGGAGCAAGAGGCCAAGAUACAUUCUUUGGUGGAGAGCUGCAAGAUCAACAACAUUCUCCUGCAAGACAAUCAGCUAGAGGAGGAGUUUGAGGGCAUAUGGACCAAGGCUUUGUCCAACUUUGAUUUCAGGCCUUCAGAAAAUAAAGACAUCCCUGCCAGGGUGAUUGAGCUGCUCACAAACAAUCUGAUCAGCAGAGGGCUUCACAAGCACUUGAAGAAGGUGGAAGCCAUCUGCACAGAAAAACCAGAGACUUUCAUUGUUAAUGACGAAUACUUUGGAUACCGGUGCAGACUAAAGCAUAUGUUUGAGGAAAACAACAAGCUACAAAGGCUUGAGGCCAACAAUCUGGCUUCCAAGAUUGUUAAGGAGUACAACGACUUUGUGGCAGAGAAAAACACAUUAUUUUCUUACUUCUCUGUCAGCUACAUCACUGAAGUACUGAAUAACAUUGACAAAGCCAUGAAGACUAAGGCCAUAGAGAUCCGCUCUGCGUUUGAAGUGGACCUGAAGGUCUACCUCUGCCAGCAAGCCUGCCACGACUUCCAAGAUAUGCAUGCAAAAGACAGAAACCUGCUGGGCCACCUGAACAGUCAGAAGGACCAGCAUCUGGCAACGUUCAUCUACCAAUUCAGGAAGAGGGACCAGGCCUGGAGGUUGGCCCAUGCAUUCACCGACAUGGUGUUCAGACCGGCUGCCCUGAACUACAUCUACAGUCCGCUGGGGGAGUGUGUCCUGGAGGAGAUGAUGAGCGGGGACGAUGGCCAGCAGUACAAGUCACCCCAGUCCUUCAACCUGCGCCUCCUGGAGGAGCUCCUGGAGGAAGACUGCUUUGAGAGCUUCCUGGAGUAUAUCCUCUCCUAUGACAGCUUCUGCCUGAAGAGGCUGCAAGCCAGGGUCCAGGCCCACCUGUCCCGGUCAGCCAUCUUGGAAGAAUGGUGGCAGCGGCGCCUAGGUGAGGUGGUGGGAAAGAUGGCAUUGGCCGUGAGCCAGACGUCGGAUGUUUUUGGCAGGGGGCUGAGCGACACCAAGCUGCUCCUGGAGAAGGUGUGUCUGACGCUGGAGGCAGACGGGGAAGUGGAGGUGAGCAGGGAAGGCCUAGAGGGGCCUCUUUUCCACAUCACCACCAACUGGGACCGCUUUGUCACCUGUCUUAUGGAGGCCGUGGCCGAGAUGCGUCUGGCCCUCUCCCAGGAGUUCUCCAAGACCAUCAAGGUAGUCCAGUUCCUCCAGGCACUGCCUGUCCCACCCCACGACAGACUCCUCCACCGGGUCAGAGGGUGCCAGGAGCAGUGUCCGUUCUGCAGGGCACCCUGCGAGAUGGGCGUGGAUGAGCACACGGUUCACAGAACUCCACUCCACAGGCCUGAAGGCCUGCUCGCUUACACCUCCAACAACUGCCUCUCCCACUCUGACUGCCCAUGCAACAUGGCCGGGGAUAACCAGGUUCUGAACAAAGAUACACAGUUCCAGACCAGGCCUUCAGAAGAGCACCAGUCCCUCUACCCUGAAGAGAUCAUUCCAGAAGAGGAGCCUGACAUUCAGGCCCCAAGCCCCAGCACCUACUGGAGAUACGUUAUGGCGAGGUUCAACAGCAGGUUUGCAGGAGAGUUCAAGAGCGAGCCAGCCCAGCUGCCCCAAGGCUGGGACAAGAUCAGCCGACAGGAGGCGCUAGACAGCCUUAGAAGGAUCUACCGCGCAGAGCAAUGCUAAAACAAAAAUCAUAGGACAUUAACAUGCACAAAUUACAACACAAUGCGUGGCUGGAAAAUUUGGAUACGAUUUAUUCUUAUUUGUUUACAUUAGCUGUGUUUGUUUUAAGUUUGUGUUACUUGUUUUGCUGAUUCAGGUUCCAGCCUGCUGAUGUGUUUGAUUGCAACGUGAAACGUUAGAAAUAUAUGAGAACGCCACACAGAAACCAUACAAUAUACUCCUUGUUAUGUGGCAAUUGCUACAACACAUUUUGAUCAAUGGAUGGAAUAUUGCACUGCUGUGGAGCCGAAAAGAAUGCUUUCCAUGUAUCCAACCUCGCCUAAGUUUACUGUAAUUGCAGAGCUGUGUUAGCUACAACUAUAAACGGUAUUUUAAAAACGAUUAUGUUUGUCUAGCACAGGAGAGUGGAACCCUGCGUGAAACGUUAUUGUUGUUCAUGCUUUAUCCAGCCUGUUGAGUGUCAAUGUCAUUCUGAUGUUUUCUUCAUUUUAUGUUAACUUCGCAUAUUCAUAGGAUGCCUGUUCUUCAAAACUAUUU